UAAUGUCUAUUAUACAUACCUAAAUGUGUUUCUUAUUCAAAUCAUAAUUAAAAGCAAGCGUUGCUUCUAUCACCGUGAACAAUAUAAUGAAAAUUUUAUAAAAGCAUCAACGAUAACCUCUAAGUUUUUGUUAUGAAAUAUGGAAUCGCAAGUUUGUGUUCACUGCCUCAACAAGAAGGCUAUAAACUCGACGACUAAUCGCUUGGUGACGGAAAGCUGUGGGCAUGUGAAGUGUAUGGACUGUCUGUUACAUGAGACGGCCGGUUGCGUUGCGUGCGCUGCGGAGAGCAGCCCCAAAGAGCCCGAGGACACUCCGGAGCCCAGCGAGGGGCCGCCAUCGGACGGCGACAAUGCCGAUCCCGAGCCGAUCCGCACGGAAUUCCCUCUCCAAUAUUUCCUGCUAGGGAGGGAGGAGGAUGAGAAAGAGUCUCAGGCAGAAUACUGUUAUGACAAGACUGAGAAGAAGAAGAAGCUGGAGACCUCUCACAUUAGGGUAGAAACAGAUGGGAAUCGGAGGUGUUACUUCUGUACAGCUUGCAAGAGGAAGUUCCAUGCUCGGAGUCAGGUAUCUUACCAUGCCUACUGCAAUGGACAACAGAAGCCCUACCAGUGUCCUGAGUGCAACAAGAGUUUCGCGUCCCAUUCCCACUUCAAGUACCACAUGCGGGUGCACCGCAACGAGCGCACGUACGCGUGCGAGCUGUGCGGCGAGGGCUUCUUCCAGAUGUCCAAGCUGCAGCGACACAAGCUCAAGCACACCAAGGAAAAGAAAUACCCGUGUCCAGAGUGCAGCAAAGCGUUCAACAACCUAACAGCGCUGCGCAAGCACGCGCUCACUCACUCGGACGAGCGGCCGUACGGCUGCGAGACGUGUGGCCGACGGUUCCGGGACUCGAGCAACUAUCGCAAGCACGUCGCCAAACAUAACGGUACGGGUUGCGGGCGUACUUGCUCGUGCGGCGCUUGCGGGCGGCGGCGCGCGCGGGCGCACCUGUGCCCGCGCUGCCCGCAGGCCUUCCACGCGCGCAAGGACAUGCGCCGCCACGCCGCCGUGCACGACGAUUCGAAGCCAUUCCGCUGCCGCGUGUGCAGCCGCCGCUUCCGCCGCAAAGACAACCUAGAGCGUCACAUCCGCAACACCCACCCCGCCGAGCCGCCCGCCGACGCCGUGCUGGUCGAGCCCGCCGACCGCGGGAAACACGCCGACGAGAAGACCAAGCUGCAGAGCCUGAACCCACUUCCGCCGCUACCGCAGGAGCUGAUACAGAAGCACCUGCACGAGGACAAGGCCAAUCAACGGCCGCCGCCCGUCGACGAGAGCAAGUUUACCAAGCUCGCGGUCAAGCUGGAACUGCAGGUGAAGAAGUUACCUGAAGACAAACAUCCAGAGGAGCCGCCGGAGCCGGUGGAACUGAAGGCACAGCAGGCUAAAGAGCAGAGGAGCAUAGCGGAGAUCCUGGCGGCCAACAACGCGCGGCAGAGCGUCAUCACCUCCGUGCGCCGCGCGCCGCCCGAGCCCAGCGAGUACGUGCACAAGAUACGGAAGCAGAGGAGCAUAGCGGAGAUCCUGGCGGCCAACAACGCGCGGCAGAGCGUCAUCACCUCCGUGCGCCGCGCGCCGCCCGAGCCCAGCGAGUACGUGCACAAGAUACGGAAGGCCAACCGGCGGCUGCCCGCGCUGCUGCCACCCAUCGACGAGAGCAAGUUCGCCAAGCUCGCCAACCUCGACCUGCAGAACAACCUGGACGUGGGCGCGCCGCCGGAGAAGUUCCGCGAGCUGUACAAGAAGAUCCUGUACGAGCGCUCCGAGAAGGACGCGCUGGAGGAGCAGCACUGGAAGAAGAAGAAGCUCAACAUCAACUGGUCAGUUUCUCUACUCACUUCUAACUGUUCUAACGCAGGGUAUUCUACAAACAACUCUUGCAACCGUGUCCGGGCGUGA